UUUCAGAAGCUGUAUUCUCUUCUAACUUUCACACUGUUUAAACAUUGCAACUAUCCGAGGUGUUGGAAAUGUAUGAAACUAUUUCAUAUAAAUUUGUUGAGUGUGAUGCCAAUGUUGAAAAUUUGUCCUUUUUCUCAGAGAGUAUGGCGACCAUAUCAUGCCGCAUCAGCCAAGCCAGAGUCACGCUGCUCAGAGCUGGCAGCAGCAUCAGGUCCUGCAGGUUUUCAAGCAGUCUAACCUCAGUACAUGAUGCUGAAGGUGUUCGUAACAUCACCAUGACUGCACCCAAGACAAGGAAUGCUCUUUCUCUUGGCAUGCUUCAUGAAUUGCAGGAGCACAUGAUUAGACUGCCUGCUGAGAUACGCUGUGUGGUACUGAGUGGCCAGGGCCCAGCCUUCUCUUCUGGUCACAACCUGAAGGAAUUGACAAGUGCACGGGGCCGACAACACCACCAGCUGGUGUUUGAGACCUGCUCCCGGCUCAUGCUUGACAUGCAGGGUCUUGAUGUGCCCAUCAUAGCACAGGUGGACGGCGUGGCGGCGGCGGCCGGCUGCCAGCUGGCCGCCUCGUGCGACAUCGUGCUGGCCACGCCGCGCUCCAGCUUCUCGACGCCGGGCGGCAGCAUCGGCCUCUUCUGCUCCACGCCGGGCAUCGCCGUGUCGCGCGCCGUGCCGCGCCGCGUGGCCGCUCACCUGCUGCUGACCGGGCUGCCGAUGAGCGGCGAGGAGGCGCUGCGCGCCGGCCUGGUCAGCCGGCUGGUGGAGCCCGAGCAGCUGCAGCGCGAGACGGCGCACACGGCCGCCGCCAUCGUGCGCAAGAGUCGCGCCGUCAUCGCGCUCGGCAAGCGGUUCUUCUACCAGCAGCUGGAGCUGCCGAUUGAGGAGGCCUACCGACUGGGCAGCAAGGUCAUGGUGGACAACAUCGCGCUCUGCGACGGCCAGGAGGGAAUCCGCAGCUUCAUCGACAAGCGGGAGCCGACGUGGACCCACUCGGACGAGAAGGCGCACGACUGAGCGGGCUUUAGGGGGUGGGGUGGGGUGGGGGGGG